CCGUAGGCCCCGCCCCUGCGUCUCUGCCCGCCCCGUGGAGCCCGAGUGCACUAAAGAUGGCGGCUGCCGUAGGAAGGUUGCUCCGAGCGUCGGUUGCCCGACAUGUGAGUGCCAUUCCUUGGGGCAUUUCUGCCACUGCAGCCCUCAGGCCUGCUGCAUGUGGAAGAACGAGCUUGACAAACUUAUUGUGUUCUGGUUCCAGUCAAGCAAAAUUAUUCAGCACCAGUUCCUCAUACCAUGCACCUGCCGUUACCCAGCAUGCACCCUAUUUUAAGGGUACAGCCGUUGUCAAUGGAGAGUUCAAAGACCUAAGCCUUGAUGACUUUAAGGGGAAAUAUUUGGUGCUUUUCUUCUAUCCUUUGGAUUUCACCUUUGUGUGUCCUACAGAAAUUGUUGCUUUUAGUGACAAAGCUAACGAAUUUCACGACGUGAACUGUGAAGUUGUUGCAGUCUCAGUGGAUUCCCACUUUAGCCAUCUUGCCUGGAUAAAUACACCAAGAAAGAAUGGUGGUUUGGGCCACAUGAACAUCGCACUCUUGUCAGACUUAACUAAGCAGAUUUCCCGAGACUAUGGUGUGCUGUUAGAAGGUUCUGGUCUUGCACUAAGAGGUCUCUUCAUAAUUGACCCCAAUGGAGUCAUCAAGCACCUGAGCGUCAACGAUCUCCCAGUGGGCCGAAGCGUGGAAGAAACCCUCCGCUUGGUGAAGGCGUUCCAGUAUGUAGAAACCCAUGGAGAAGUCUGCCCAGCGAACUGGACACCGGAUUCUCCUACGAUCAAGCCAAAUCCAGCUGCUUCCAAAGAGUACUUUCAGAAGGUAAAUCAGUAGAUCGCCCAUGUGUAUCUGCACCGUCUCAACCCAGAGAAGAACCACAGUUGAAACCUGCUUUUGUCAUUUUCAAGAUGGUUAUUUGUAGAAGGCAAGGAACCAAUUAUGCUUGUAUUCAUAAAUAUUACUCUAAAUGUUUUGUUUUUGUAAUUCUGGCUAAGACCUUUUAAACAUGGUUAGUUGCUAGUAUAAGGAAUCCUUUAUUGAUAACAUCUUGGUGGCUAGCUAGCUAGUUUCUACAGAACAUAAUUUGCCUCUAUAGAAGGCUAUUCUUAGAUCAUGUCUCAAUGGAAACACUCUUUCUUAGCCUUACUUGAAUCUUGCCUAUAAUGAAGUAGAGCAACACACAUUGAAAGCUUCUGAUCAACGGUCCUGAAAUUUUCAUCUUGAAUGUCUUUGUAUUAAACUGAAUUUUCUUUUAAGCUAACAAAGAUCAGUUUCCAGUGAUUAGCCGUUUAACUCCUGCAAGGAAUGUUUAUGUGAUUGAAGCAAAUGUGAAUCAUAUUAUUUUAAAAAGUGGCAGAGUGACUUAACUCAUCAUGCAUGAUCCCUCAUCCCUGAAAUUGAUAGUUUAUGUAGUCAUUUUACUUAUUUUAUUCAUUAGCUAACUUUGUCUAUGUAUAUUUCUAGAUAUUGAUUAGUAUAAUUGAUUAUAAAGGAUAUUUAUCGAAUCCAGGGAUUGCAUUUUGAAAUUAUAAUUAUUUUCUUUGCUGAAGUAUUCAUUGUAAAACAUACAAAAUAAACAUAUUUUAAAACAUUUGCAUUUUACCACCA